ACAUUACGAACAAACGUUUGACACACACAGACCAAAGUUUCAGUCCUGUCGUCGGUCUCCUCCUCCCUUCCCCCGCCGACCCAGUACCCUAAUGGGGAACAAAAAUACCCAGAAAACAAUAAAACGAAACAGAGACAGCCAGGAGAUACAUUUCUUCUACUGGAGAUAUCUCAAACACUGCUAGUGAAUCGAGUAGCCGUGCUGAGAGGAAAAACUGUCGUAGUAACAUACACAUGCCACAAAAAAGUGAUAAGUCCUUCGGGAAAGUGCCAAAUAAUUCAAAUGCCUAUGCAGCUAACAGUGCUGGAAACCUGAAUAGUCACUCUGGGAAGGAAAACUAUCAGCAUAUAUGGCAAAGAAUUCAGAAAAAGGACGCUAAUGUAAGCAACUGUGACUUGAAAAACUCAGACUUCUCGCAGGUUCAUGAUGGGUUAAAUGAUGAUAUCUUCAAAACAAAUCUUCCUAUUUUUGUUGAUGUUAUUUUAUCAUCGAAAUCAGCAUUUACAGAUCAGGAAAAACUCAAAUUUCUGACGGACCUGAGUAGAAAUAAUAGUCCAGGUUCCCUACAGGAAAACAAAAGUAAGUAUGGGAAAGGUUCUCCUGUCAAUGGAGCUUGUUUGAAUUGUACCAUGCAGUCAAAUGGUGCAGUGAAUUCAGCUGGCCAAAUAGGUGGGGCAAAAAGCUUGAGAAGUGCUGCAGAUUCUCGUACUGAGACUAGUACUCUUAAGAUUAGAUAUCAGAAAAAGAAUGUUCAAUAUGUUUCUUCCCAACCAUAUUCAAAUCCUUGUUCCUGUAACAUGGAGGCAAGGGGAGAUGUCCCAGUUCCAAUUUCUGUUUCCAGUGUAGAUAAUAAAAUGGUGGAGGAUGGGUCGAACUUGUUAUGUAGAUCAGCGAACUUCCAUAACCCAACGGAGCAACUAGCUUCUAAAUGUCAACCUCCUAGUUCGUCUUCUCUGCACGUGGUAAUAAAUGCAGGUCAAAAUUUAGAAUCUUUACCAGGUGUUACUCAGUUUAAGAAGUUGAGAAAUUGUAACACGUGUACUACUACAGAGGAGCACUACAAGAAUGCUGCUUCUUCAAAGUUGUUGAUUCCUGGAGAUAAAGCCCGAAUAUUUUCUAGUCUUCAAAACGAUUUCAGAAGCAUUUGUUGGGCAGUGACUGAGGCCCAUAGGGCACAACUAUCCUCUGAAGCCAUUGAGUUGGGUAAGGGCUAUCCCGUUGCUGAGUUUGAGAAACUUCUUUAUUUUGCCUCUCCAGUUGUAUGUCCACAUAUCCGGACUUGUCAGGCUUGUGUCAGUGGUCAAGGUGCACCUCUAUGCAGGCAUGAGAUACCAAAUAUCUCUUUGGGGAACUUGUGGCAGUGGUAUGAGAAACAUGGAAGCUAUGGUUUAGAAGUAAAAGCGGAGGAUCAUAGAAGUUGUAGACAAUGUGGGAUUGAUCGUCUUAAGUUCAGUGCAUAUUUUGUUCCACUUUUCUCAGGCGUUCAGCUCUUCAAGUACCAUAGGACUCAUACAAGCUAUAAAGAUAAUGGAACUCCGGGGUCGAUAGAUGUGGUGGACUCUGGGAUAAAUAAAAUAUCUGAGGGUUCACCUAUGGUAGACCUUCGCACAAUAUUUUCUGUACUUGUACCUCAACCUCGUGUUGAGGACUCAAGCUCUUUGCAAAAAAGGAAUGUUGUCUCUGACUCCUGUUCAUCUCAAGAGCGCAGCAAUACAGAUUUGCAUCACCCACCAGUUGAAUUUAAGUUGUCUGAUGAUAAUGUGGAGCUUCUGUUUGAAUAUUUCGAACGUGAACAGCCUCAAAAUCGUAAACCUUUAUUUGAAAAGAUUCAGGAACUUGUUGCUGGUAAUUUGCCUUCAAGUUCUGGAGUUUAUGGAGAUCCAUCCGUCCUACAGUCCUCUCGCUUAUCUGACCUGCACCCUUAUUCGUGGUUUUCUGUCGCAUGGUACCCCAUUUAUAAGAUACCAAACGGUAACUUGCGUUCUGCUUUUUUGACUUAUCAUUCACUUGGCCAUUAUGUUGGCAGAGGCCAUACACUUGAAGCUCGACAUUUGGAUGCCUGCAUAGUUUCUCCAGUUGUGGGCCUUCAGAGCUACAAUGCUCAGGGUGAAUGCUGGUUUCAGCCAAGGCACUGUGCAGACCACCUGAAAGAAGUGACCUUGGAUUCAGAUCCUUGUUCAGUUCUACGAGAUCGACUAAAAACAUUAGAGCAGACUGCAUCUCUUAUGUCACGAGCUGUGAGAACGAGUGGUACAGAAACACUUGUAAACAGGCACCCGGAUUAUGAGUUUUUCCUGUCCAGGCAACGUGAAUUGCCUUGAUCUAUCAUGUUGCUCAACCAUAUAUAUAUAUUAUAUAAUUCUCAUCAAAGGUUUUUCGGAUUGUUUCCAGCUUCCACCAUAAUCUGAGUCCCAACUAUGAGAGGCUUACGUCCAUCUCAAUAUUCUUAAAUUUCUGGUUUGGAGAUUCUUGUAUUGCGUUGAAAUUAGGCACUCUCUUUACGUAGUGUAGUAGCAUGUUAUAAGGAUUAUUUUUCUGGAUAAAAAUAGUAUUCGCUGGUUUUGGCUUUAGUGCUAGUAAGUUCUGAGAUAGCUGGUAUUUUAGCUUGAGAGGUUUAUUAUUUAUCUGUGCAUAUGAUACACACUACUCUGCCUGUUGGAAUCACA